UUUUCCGCCAUGGACGCGCGGGCUCGUGCGAAGCGCUACGAGAAACUGGACUUUCUGGGGGAAGGGCAGUUUGCUACUGUGUAUAAGGCAAAGGACAAGACCACGGGGCACAUCGUUGCAAUCAAAAAGAUUAAACUGGGACACCGAUCAGAAGCUAAAGAUGGAAUCAACAGAACAGCCCUCAGGGAGAUAAAGUUGCUACAGGAACUAAGCCAUCUGAAUGUUAUUGGUCUUUUAGAUGCAUUUGGACACAAAUCUAAUAUUAGCUUGGUGUUUGAUUUCAUGGAAACAGACCUUGAGGUUAUUAUAAAGGAUACUAGUAUUGUGUUAACACAAGCUCACAUCAAAGCAUAUAUGCUGAUGACACUUCAAGGGUUAGAGUAUUUACAUCAACAGUGGAUUCUACACAGGGAUCUUAAACCAAAUAAUUUGCUGUUAGAUGAAAAUGGUGUUUUGAAAUUGGCUGACUUUGGCUUGGCAAAAUCUUUUGGAAGCCCAAACAGAAUUUACACACACCAAGUAGUAACAAGGUAAGAUAUUUCCUAGAUUGACGGUAGAUGUUAUGUAUUACCUUGUGGAAUACACUAAGUUAAAGCAACACACUUCAAGUUUGAUUUCUAGCUCAAGUGCUGUGACUUUAGUGGCAAAAGUCUCAUAACUGUGCAUAAAGAAGACAUAAUAAAAUGCUUUUUAGCAUAGUCUUUUUAAGAAUGAUUAGAAUUUGUGUCCCUGGAGGUUGUUCUAUGGUAUGAUAUGGUUUUGAAGCACAUGAAAAUAACAUGUAUUUACCUAUAAAUCAAGCUUUCAGAGAGACAAUUGUUAUUUGCUGCUAAUCAUGAACCCACCAGUCUUUUGUAGUGAGGCACGUAAACUAUUGUGAUACAAAAGCUCAAUUCAGUUAAGUUAUUAAUGUCAUUUCUGAUGUGCGUGCUUAAGACAUGUACUCUUAA